GCGGCCCCGGAGUCGGCGGCGGCCGGAGCGGGGAGCGGAGCCCGCAUCGCAUCCCCGGGAGCCGCAUCCCCCGGACCCCAACAGCGAGGCAGAGCGGGGGAGAGGAGCGGGGAAAACCGCCCAAAAAGCCCCCAGUCCCCAGCGAAUUCUCUGGCUGGAGCUCGGCUCCGGAGGGAGCGGGAGCGGCUCCACAUCCCCGGGGCUCCGCAUCCCUGGCUCCGCAUCCCCGGGGCUCCGCAUCCCUGGCUCCGCAUCCCCGGGGCUCCGCAUCCCGUCUCCAUCCUCGGCGCUGCGGGUUCAGCAUGGGCGGGGGAGCCCCGCGCCUGCACCGGCGGCUGCUGCUGCUGCUGGGGCUGUGCAGCUGGACGGCCGCGCUGCGAGGAAAUGAGAACAGCGAGUCCCUGCCCGAGUCCAUCCCCUCCGCCCCGGGGACUCUGCCCCAUUUCCUGGAGGAGCCGGACGAUUCCUACAUCAUCAAGAGCAACCCCAUCGUGCUGCGCUGCAGGGCCGUGCCCGCCAUGCAGAUCUUCUUCAAGUGCAACGGGGAGUGGGUGCACCAGAACGAGCAUGUGUCCCACGAGAGCCUGGACGAGGCCACAGGGCUGAAGGUCCGGGAGGUUUCCAUCAACGUGACGAGGCAGCAGGUGGAGGAUUUCCAUGGCCCGGAGGAUUACUGGUGCCAGUGCGUGGCCUGGAGCCACCUGGGCACCUCCAAGAGCAGGAAGGCGUCCGUGCGCAUCGCUUAUCUACGGAAGAACUUCGAGCAAGACCCCCAGGGCAAGGAGGUUCCCAUCGAGGGGAUGAUUGUCCUGCACUGCCGGCCCCCUGAGGGUGUCCCCGCAGCCGAGGUGGAGUGGCUGAAGAACGAGGAGCCCAUCGAUUCCAACCUGGACGAGAACAUCGACACCAGGGCCGACCACAACCUCAUCAUCCGCCAGGCGCGCCUGUCCGACUCGGGCAACUACACCUGCAUGGCUGCCAACAUCGUGGCCAAGAGGAGGAGCCUGUCAGCCACUGUGGUGGUCUACGUGAACGGGGGCUGGUCCUCGUGGACGGAGUGGUCUAGCUGCAACGCGCGCUGCGGCCGGGGCUGGCAGAAACGCUCGCGCACCUGCACCAACCCCGCGCCCCUCAACGGGGGAGCCUUCUGCGAGGGCAUGUCCGUGCAGAAAAUCACCUGCACCUCCCUCUGCCCCGUGGACGGGAGCUGGGAGGUGUGGAGCGAGUGGUCGGUGUGCAGCCCCGAGUGUGAGCACCUGAGGGUGCGGGAAUGCGCCGCGCCAGCCCCCAGGAACGGGGGCAAGCACUGCGAGGGCCUGAGCCAGGAGUCGGAGAACUGCACCGAGGGGCUGUGCAUCCAAGAUGUGGAGCGCGGCGGGGACAUCGCGCUGUACUCGGGGCUGGCGGCGGCGGUGCUGGCGGUGGCCGUGCUGGCGCUGGGGGUGACCCUGUACCGGCGCAGUCAGAGUGAGUACGGCGUGGAUGUCAUUGAUUCCUCUGCACUCACGGGAGGCUUCCAGACUUUUAAUUUUAAAACAGUCAGACAAGGUAACUCCCUGCUCCUGAACUCGUCCCUGCAGCCCGACCUGACGGUCAGCAGGACCUACAGCGGCCCCAUCUGCCUGCAGGACCCCCUGGACAAGGAGCUGAUGACGGAGUCGUCGCUGUUCAACCCCCUGGCAGACAUCAAGGUCAAGGUGCAGAGCUCCUUCAUGGUGUCCCUGGGUGUCACCGAGAGAGCUGAGUACCAGAGCAAGGCCCACCCCGGGACCUUCCCCCACGGGAACCACAGGGCCUUCGGGACAAUCCAGGCCAGGAACAAGGCCAUGUACAUCCAGAACCUGGCCUCCAUCUCCACCAGCAGCGAGCUGAGGACCACGGCCCUGUUCGGGCACCUGGGGGGCCGUUUGGUGGUUCCAAACACAGGGGUCAGUCUGUUGAUCCCACACGGAGCUAUUCCUGAGGAGAGUUCGUGGGAGAUCUACCUGGCCAUCACGCAGAAGGAGUCCAGCCUUGAGCCAGAGGGCCCCGAGGUGCUGCUGGGGCCCGAGGUGAGCUGCGGGCCCCCCGAGCUGAGCGUGAGCACUCCCUUCGCGCUGACCAUCCCGCACUGCGCCCACGCCGACCCCCAGCACUGGAACAUCCACCUCAAAAGGAGGACUCAGCAGGGGAAGUGGGAGGAAGUGAUGUCUGUGGAAGAGGAAACUACUUCUUGCUACUGCCUGUUGGAUCCUUAUGCCUGUCACAUUCUCUUAAACAGCUUUGGAACUUAUGCCCUAAUUGGGGAACCCAUCUCUGACUGCGCCGUUCGACAGCUGAAAGUCGCCGUUUUUGGCUGCCUGUCUUGCAAUUCUCUGGAUUACAAUCUGAGGGUUUAUUGUAUGGAUAACACCCCUUGUGCGUUCCAGGAAGUGGUUUCAGAUGAAAGACUCCAAGGAGGGCAAUUGCUGGAGGAGCCCAAACUUUUGCAUUUUAAAGGCAACACCUGCAGCCUCCAGAUCUCAGUGCUGGACGUCCCUCCCUUCCUGUGGAGGAUCAAACCCUUCACGGCGUGUCAGGAGGUGCCGUUCUCCCGCGUGUGGCGUGGCAGCCCCCGGCCCCUGCUCGGCGCCUUCUCCCUGGAGCGCUUCAGCCCCGCCACCACCCAGCUGUGCUGCAAGGUGUGCGUCCGGCAGCUGCAGGGCCACGAGCAGCUGCUGCACAUCCAGACCUCCGUCCUCGAGACUGAGAGGGAGAACAUCACCUUCUUUGCACACGAGGACAGCAACUUCCCCGCCCAGCUGGGCCCCAAGGCCUUCAAGAUCCCGCACUCGAUCCGGCAGCGGAUCUGCGCCACCUUCGACGCCCCCAGCGCCAAGGGCAAGGACUGGCAGAUGCUGGCCCAGAAAAACAGCAUCAACAGGAAUCUCUCGUUCUUUGCCACCCAGAGCAGCCCCUCCGCUGUCAUCCUGGACCUGUGGGAGGCGCGGCACCAGCACGACGGGGACCUGGACUCGCUGGCCUGCGCCCUGGAGGAGAUAGGAAGGACACACUCCAAAGUCUCAGACGUGGCAGAGCCCGAGCUCGAGGAGCCCGAGUUCCCCUCCAGCAGGAACGGGCUUUAGUCCCUCUGUACCCCCAGGACGCGCGGCCAGCCCGGCUCUGACACUGGGGCAGGGGACAGGAGGGUUUGUGCCCCGUGGGGAUGGACUCACCCCACACAGCAGUGGCAGUGGGAGGAGCAGAAGCAGCCCUGCUAAAAAUCCUCUGGUGAUCAGGAAAAUGAGAUUCUCCCUGUCCUCCUCCACUUAAAAUCCGUCUUUUGGUGUCCCGAACAAAGCUGCACUUCUGCCAGCCCCGGGGCAGGAAGGAGAGGGACACAGAGCCAUAAGAGGUAAAUGUUAUCGUGUAUUUAGGAACCAGUCAUGUCAAUGUAAUGCCUAGUGAAAAUCAACAAAUGAUGUUGGAUAUUUAGAGCCACUGGAGGUUAACCCCGGUUAAAAGGUUUCUCACUUCGAGAGUGGUUUAAAAUCCCAUCACAUUGUCACUUUAUGUCUGCUACAGGAAAACUGAAAAUUUGGCCUUAUCCUGUUCGGAUGUUUGAGGAAUUAGAAGAUCUCAUAAUUAUAUCAUGUGUAUUCCAAAUAAUUUCUUUGAAAAAUUUAGUCCCUUAAUGAAUGUAUGUUUGCUGCAGAGCUUUGCUGCCUGCCCUGUUACCAAAAUGACAGAACGAACCCCUUCUCCCUGAGACUGGGGGGUGUGCACACGCAAGAGGAAUUUUCUAAUUUUCUACGUCUGCAAACUUUCUUAGUCAAAAACUGUCUUUGGGGGUGGAUUUAAAUAACCAAAUAACACACGGGAAAUUUCCAGCCCUGUUUUAGCGAGUUGAGACAUUUAUUUUUAUUACUUCAUGCUCUGGGGCUGAGCUAAGGAAAGGUGAAGGCAAUCAGCACAGCUUCGUUUUGGUUUGGUUUCAGACUGAAACCACAAACCCCACAUGGCACUGCCAACACUGGCCUUGAUUCUGUUGCACAUUUCGGGAAUUUCACAGGAUCCAGAGCUGGCUGUGUUACACUUGGUUUAGUUACAAAUUCACCACCAAAAUCAGAGCCUAACCAGAGAAUUCGCCUCAUUUUUAUCCGUUCCAUACAAAUAUGAUUUCUGACUUCACCCAAACCAAAAAGAGCUGUCACUGUGAGCGAGGGCCUGGUGGAGCUGGUACUGAGCCAAAUCUCACCAUUAUUUUGACCAUUCUUUUCACCCACAUCCUUCACCAAUUCGUGUGGCUGCCAGGGGCACAGCCAGGAGAAAGCAGGAACAGAAAUGAGGCUUUGGGAGCUUUGUGGAAAUGCAGGAAACUGAAAACAAGGAUUUGGGGGCUUUUUUAGCCUCGUGAGAGAGCAGCACAACAGGGCAGGUCCAGUCUGGAACUAUUCCUUCACCCGGGAUUGCAGUGUGAAAACCUCAACAACAACAACAACAACCACCACAACUCUCUCCUGGCUCCUGCUGCUCUGAACUUGCAAAUGUCGCUGCUCUCCCAGCUCAGAAAUACCCUGAGACUUGGGAAUCCUGAGACUUGGGAAUCCUGAGACCUGUGCAAACAUUUCCUGCAGCUCAGCGUCUCCCGCAGCCUGGCAGGAGCUCCUGCGUGCAGGGGCAGCGCGGCGGCUGCCAGCAGAUUGAGGGGCAGACAGAAAUACCGGCAGAGCCGGCAGCAAGCUGUCACUGCUUUUAGCAGCACAUGCUCCUCGCUGGGCUGGAAUUAUAUUUCCAGUGACUGCCAGUCCUCCUCCUCAGAAACCUGUUCUUCGUUGGACAAAAUGUCAGGCAUUAGAAAAAACAAAAUAAGGAAUGGCAUCCAGGGAAAAGCGGCAGUGUCUGUGAGCUGCCGUUGUCGGGGAAACCGGCCCCAGACUGUCUCCAGCAGGGAAUUUGUUCUCAGCGCCUCAGAUCAGCUCUGGUUCUUGAGCAGGCUGGGGCUGGGUCCCCCAGCAGAGCCCCAGCCAGGCCUGCAGGUGCUGCAGGGCCAUUCCCGAGAGCUGCAUCCUCCUGCUCUGUUUUCCAAACCCCUGGGAGCUCCCCUGACAUCCCGGGCCCCAAGGAGCUCCUGUGAGCUCAGCCCUCCCAUCUUCUCCCCAGGGAACACCCAGGGGUUCUGUCAAGCCUUGGGAGCUCUGGAGACCCUCCCAGUGCAGGACACCCAGCUCUGGUGGGAGCAGAGCCCAGCCUGGGCUGGUCCCCCAAAGCUCAGCUCGGAGGGACCCCAGCCCUGCACUGGAAUCCCAGUUCCACCGACAAUCCCAUGGAGUUCAUGUCCUGAAAGGGAAUAAAUGUCCAAACUGGACCAUGCCAGAAGGAAACUGUUUCCUCGUGGCCUGGGGCAGGGCUCACUUGGAUUUUGCCCUUUAGGUUUUGCUCCCUGGUUUUCCUUCCCUUUGGCUAAAGCAGUUCUCUGUUGCUGAUCUCACUCUUUGAGAACCUGAAUAUCAACAGCUCUCGAGUUUUCCUUCCUACUCCUGACUGUUUUGAUGCUCUUAUAUCUUUAAAUGGACCAGAAAUGCCCCAAAUAUUUAUUUCCUUUCUCCCUUUCUCUUAAAAAGACCUUUUGGAAACCUGUUGCACAUAUUUACAUGAUUUGACCCAACACACAGAUGUAGAGGAGCACCUCUACAAAAGGAAAAGGAUUAGAGGCAAGAAAUUAAAAAUUCAUUCCUUUCUUCUGUUGUAUAAAUUACGAUAUUUGAAAAACAAUUUUCCCGAACUAGGAAGUAAAAGAAAGAGAAAUGUGAUUUUACCCCCUGUAGAUUCCACGUGGCUGCCCUGGCUCUGCUCAGAGGAAAGAGCCAUUCUGAUUUCACAUCACCAAAGAAUCUGCUUUAAUAGAUUUUCAUCUUCCUGAGCACUUUGCCCAGGUAUUUCUGUGCCGUGAGUCAUUCCAGACUAAUGGUUGCAUUUUAAAAAUGACUUCCAGCUCCGCCAGCACCAUAAAGCUCAUUUCCAUUUCAUACCGCCCUGCACUCCCACAGAAGUUUUAUUGGGAUUAUUGCCAUGGCUGAAAAGAUACCAACAGAAUUCUCUCAAAAUCCAGAGAACUGCUUUUGUCAUUGGUUUUAUCUCUGGCUGCAGCUGGGCCUGGGCACUGCUGGCUUUCAGGGACACUUACUCAGUAUAAAUCACCAAAAAGGGAUCUUGCAGGGUCCAGCGUAUUCACACCACACUGCAAGUCCAUUCUUCUUCCCCACUUGCAAGGCAGUGCUGUAUGAGUUUUAUCACAUUCAAUAACUGAUCAAUUCCAGAGCAGCUCAGGUCCCUGGUGAGUGAAACAAGGGAGGGACUGGGCUGGGCUCCUGGUCACCAUCGGAAUCUUCUUUCUCCAGGCUGUUUCUGCCUGUAAAACACAGAUUGCAGUGAAGAGCUGCCUUAGUUCUUGGCUGGUAAUUAAUGGAGUGGAAAACAGGAAAUGAGAUUUUAAGCCCUUGGCAGCCAUGGAUGAGCUCCAGGGUUGCCUCUCUGGCCUCUCCUUGACUGAUUCCCCCAAGGAGCUCUCACCUGUGGCACAGCAGGAGCAGGUGAGCAUCCCUCACCCAGAGCCUGUUCCACGCUACCCCUGCUGUGGAGCGUUUCCCAGGGCUUGUUCAUUGCUCGGAUGAGCUUUGGUGAAACUCCUCCCUGGACUCGGGGGGGUUUCUGUGACAGCACAUGGAACACAAAUCUGUCCUUCCUUGGACAUUCAUGAUGGUCUGGUUAAAAUUACCGAAAGGAUUCCUGAGCAAAUCCAGUAAUUAACCCACACGGUUCCUGCAGCCCCCACUGCCACUGCAGGUGCUGGUGAUCAUGACCCAUUCCCAGGUAUUUCUGUGCCGUGAGUCAUUCCAGACUAAUGGUUACAUUUUAAACUGGAACGCAGUCUUGCCUUUCCUCAUUGCCAAUACCAGCAGCAAUGGUAGCAAAAACCUCGUUUCCAACACAGACAGAAAGAAAUAAAUCACUCUAGGAUUAAGGACUCAUUCGGAGCAUCGAUGGAUGGUGACAGUGUCCGCAGGGCAGGAGGCAGAGCCGCUGCUCUGCUCCUGCCACGAGUGAAGGAGAACCUGUCCGUAUCCGUGUUCACUGUUCUGUCCAAAAAUCCAAUAAAUGUCUAGGAAUUUGCCACUAUAUUUUUUGUAUUAGAGGUGAAUAGUGCAGAUUCUACUGGUGUUUCUUGUCUGGGACUGGGGGGGUUGGGGGGGCUGUAGUUCUCAAGCUGUUGCAAAAGCUGCUUUAACUGAGCUGUGGAGUUGUCUUGGUUUGUGCUUUACAAGGGAGGGUCAGGACUCGUGGGCUGCGUGCCCUCCUCAUGCCACAGGGUGCCCAGAGCAGGAGCCACUGUGCCCUGCAGCCAGGGCUGAGCUGUCCCUGGGCUGGUGUGUGCCCACAGGGCCAUGGCUGUGCCGGCAGAGCCAUGGCUGUGCCUGCAGUGCCGUGGUUGUACCCGCAGAGCUGUGGUUGUACCUGCAGAGCUGUGGUUGUGCCCACAGGGCUGUGGUGGUACCCACAGGGCCGUGGUUGUGCCGGCAGAGCUGUGGUUGUGCCAGCAGAGCCACGGUUCUGCCCACAGGGCCGUGGUUGUGCCCACAGGGCCGUGGUUGUGCCCACAGGGCUGUGGUUGUGCCAGCAGAGCCACGGUUCUGCCCACAGGGCUGUGGUGGUACCCACAGGGCCGUGGUUGUGCUGGCAGAGCUGUGGUUCUGCCCACAGGGCCGUGGUUGUGCCCACAGGGCUGUGGUUGUGCCAGCAGAGCCAUGGUUGUGCCCACAGGGCUGUGGUUGUGCCCACAGGGCCAUGGUUGUACCCGCAGAGCUGCGGUUGUGCCCACAGGGCUGUGGUGGUACUCACAGGGCCGUGGUUGUACCCACAGAGCCAUGGUGGUACCCACGGGGCUGGGGUUGUGCCGGCAGAGCUGGGGUUGUGCCAGCAGAGCCGUGGUUGUGCCAGCAGAGCCGUGGUUGUGCCCACAGGGCCAUGGCUCUGCCCACAGCUGCUCCCUCCGUGUGCCUCGCGAGCCCUUGGUGCAGAGCGGAGCCCGUGUCACCCGUGUCACCCGUCACUGUACGUAGGCCUCGCUGUCCAGCCCCAGGAAAUGUGUAGCACUUCAUGAAGUUCAGGGUGUCCUGCACCGAGCUUGGCAUGGCGGGAGGGGAGGACAUGGAUCUGCCCCAGGAACAGGGAUGGUUCUUCCCAAACCCUGCCAGGACUGACGACACUUGGGUCUGGCAGUGUGAAACACCCAGCACCUGCCGUUCCCCACACUGGGAUUGGGAAUGUUGACCUAUGGCUGGGAUGUCUCCUCAAGCAAUCCCUUCAGGUUUCCCCAUUUGGGCACUGGGGAAGGAAUAUUUUUAGGUGAAGCUGUAGUUUUUUGCAUCCUUUCCCCUUUCAAACCCCAGCCCUCACUGCUGAGCCUCAGGGCUCCCUCAGUGCCUCACCGAGCUGGACGGGGCACACACGAACCCUGGGCUCACAAAUCCAGAUUCCUGGUACGGAUCUGGGAACAGCAAACUGGCAUCACCUAAUCUGGGAUUUGGGAGCGAGCAGAGCUGCCUCCUCCCACCUCUCAGUCAAAUUCCUCCCACUGUGACUCCGAUCCCGGCUGAUAAAUGGGUACAAAAACGUUAAAUGUGCACCUUCUGUUGAUCUGGCUGUGGUAAAGUGUGAUGCUGGUCAGCCUGGUGAGACUCUGAGCAGUGUCAGACAAGAGAUAACAAAAUUCCCAUUGCAUUUCCAACUUCCAAAACUUUGGACCAGCUCUUAGGUGAAAACGGGAGGAGGAACUUCAACCUAACCCAACACAAACUAUAACUUCUAAAAAGCAAAAAAAAAACCCCACAAGUAUUCCUCUAGAGAGACCUCUUUUCUCUUCUGCUCCUUUAUUUUUGCAACAAAUAGGUUGUGAAAAGGUUGGUUCUUGGCUGCUCUACCUGAGCCUCCCUCCAUGCCCCAGGCUCGGUGUGUUCAGGGUGAAGGGGGGCAGAGCUUUGGAUGCUUUCUUUAGGAUGAAGCUGAAGGAGUGGGGAAGGGAGACAGAACACGGGAUCAAAAGCAUGGCCUUGGCUUCAUACCACACUUUCUGUGCCUUGUUCUAUCAAUGUAAAUUCUGAAUGUUGUACAGUAGAGAUACUUGGGAAAGACUCCUUGGAAAAGGCUGCACUGGCUUCUUUUUUCAGCACAUGUACAUAUAUAAAUAUAUAUACAUAUAUAUAUUUGGUAAUGCCAACCAGCUGUGUUAUAUUGUCCUGGAGAAGUCAAACUGGACAGUUUGGGUGUUUCUGUAGAGUUUCAGACCUGUACGGCCCCGGCCUUUGGAGAGAAAUGUACAGAUGGGAAUAAUGGAUAUCGGCUAUUUAUGAAUAAAGAGUCUUUUACUGA